AUGAUGUCUGCAUUUGAUGAGUUGAUGGAACUCAGAGGUAAACCAGCCGAAAACGGUGAGGUCGAAAUACUUGGUCAUGAUCCAGUCUACAAAACUCCAUUUAAACUUGGGGAGACAACUGCUCAGGUUUUAGCUGCAUGCGGCGUCGCUGCAACCGAUCUAUGGGAACUCAAGACAGGCCACCGUCAAAAAGUCACAAUAUCUGUGGAUGCUGCUGCCGCAAGUUUGGCUGACACGAAAUACAGUUUCAAGAAAGAAGCCGACGGGAACUAUUAUGCAAUUCCAGGGUCCGACGCAAUGAAACACAUGGUGAGUCUUACUCAACCAUGGGAAACAAAGGACGGAAAGUACUUUCUACCUCACACCAAUUUGAAACAUUUAGAGGCAAGAGUGUUGAAAGUGCUCGAUUGCAAGAGUGAGGUAGAAUCAGUCAAGGCAGCCAUCCGUGAACGAGAAUCCCAAGAACUUGAAGAUUCCAUUGCUGCUGCUAGAGCAUGCGGAGGAAUUGUGCGUACACCUGAAGAGUGGCUUGAACAUCCUCAAGGAAAAUAUCUUGCUUCAAGACCGGUUGUCGAGAUAGCCAAGAUUGGAGAUUCUCCACCAGAGCCUCUUCCAAAGGGAAAUAAACCAUUGUCUGGAAUCAGGGUUCUUGACUUGACCCGAAUUUUAGCCGGACCUGUUUGUGGCCUAACUCUAGCCGAACUUGGAGCCGACGUUUUGAUGGUGACUGCCCCACACUUGCCUCAGGUGUUCGAAUUUGUUCGUGAUACCAGUCAUGGAAAAAGGAGCUGUUUUCUCGAUUUGAACAAGGAGGAAGAUUCUGAGAAACUGAAAGAGCUGGCUUCAACUUGUGAUAUAUUUAUUGACGGAUACAGACCAGGAAGAGUUGCAGAGCACUUUUUGUCAAUUGCAGAGCUUGCAAAACUUAGACCUGGAGUGAUUCAUAUAUCUGUGAAUUGCUUCGGUUCGGGUGGUCCGUUUGGGGAUCGUGCGGGUUGGGAUCAAGUUGCUCAGGCUGUCACAGGAAUGUGUCAUACUCAAGGAAAUGCCACGAACAAUGGAAUACCACAGCUGACUCCCGUUUACGCUUGUGACUAUAUUUGUGGUAGAUUGGGAGCUUAUGGAGCACUUAUUGCCCUUAAAUAUCGCUACAAAACCGGUGGAAGCUACUCAGUCAAAGUUUCGUUAUGCCAGGCUGCCAUGUUAUGUCAGAGACAAGGUUAUCUAGACAAUUUUGGGCGGGCAACAGGUGUACUGCCCAAGGAACUUUUUGAGAAGUAUCAAGUUUUUGAAGAUGAUACUUCAUAUGGGGAUCUGAAUGUUCUAGGUCCGGUUAUUGGACUCUCCGAGACGCCAUGUGAAUGGUCUCGGAAGACUCCACAGCUAGGCCAAGAUUCUCCCGAAUGGCUUUGA